UAUUUGCUCCCUUCUAUUCUUCUAAAUAUCAUAGAGGGAAAGCUUGUGUGUGACUACAGGGCUUGGUAAGGGAGGGGUGGUAAAAGGUGUGUUUUUAAGGCUACCCAGACAAUGAGUAGCAUCUCUCGUUAUUCCAGCCUGUGACACAAGCAACACAGGAUCAUUUGCAAACACACAGGCUACCAAGAAAUCACCUCCUUCUGCUACUUAUAUUCCCUGCAUUACUCUAUUACCUUAUACAGUAUCAGCGGAAAAAGAUGGCCUAGAUACAUUUUCUGAAAUUAUUUGGGUGACAUUUUUGUUAACACUAAAUGCAUCAUAUUUAUACAUAUUUAUUGUUUCAAUUAAAUUUUUUCCGAAACCACUCUUGAAGCAAGAUGGCUUCGUUUUUACACCAACUCAGGGUUCUCUUAUGGAAAAACUGGCUGAGCAUCAAGAGGCAGCCGGUUUGGUCUUUGGUCCUCAUUUUAUGGCCUGUGGUUAUAUUUGUAAUACUUGCAAUCACCCGCUCAAAAUUUCCUGGAGAUAUGCAGCCAAACUGCUACUUUGCUCCACGCAACCUGCAGAGCACAGGGAUGAUACCCUUUAUUGAGACCUUCCUCUGUGACGCAGGGUGUGGAAAUACAUCCUUCGUGACUACCACAACAAGAAAAUUGCCAAAACGUUCAGUUCAAUCUGGAGGUGGAGGAGGAGGUGACGCGUUCCUGAUGAGAUCAGACAGCAUAUCAGCUUCAUUGGGGCAAAAGUCUGUCGACGUGACAAAUCAAAAUAACACAAAUCCUCUAAGCAGUUUCACUGAAAGUGUAAAUACUACACAGAUGGUGAUACAGAGGUUGCUUUCAGGAGAUGUGAAUGGAGCUCUUUGCCUUUCUGCUAUUUCAUUAUUAUCACCCAAACAAACCAGCAGUUCCCAUGACAUCUGCAAAAAUACAUCAUUGACACAGUUAAUAAAACUGACAAUAAACCAGAUUGGCUUAAAUAUGUCAGUAAUCAUCAGUACAAUGCAGACAUUGUCAACUCAGUUUAAAAAAGUGCAGAAUAACACUGAGUUUUGGAAUCAGCUUCUUAUGUUACCACAAUAUAUCAAGGAUCCAAAAAGUUUUCCCUUCGAUGGCGAGCUGAUUGCACAAGUCCCUUCAGUAUUCCAGGAAUCUGCAGAUAUCAAUUCCUGCAUUAAGUUCAUCCUAAGAAUAGAAAAAAUAGUGCAAAACAGCACCUUGAAUGUUUCUGUUUUUGACCAGUGGGAGACACUGGCAGGUCAGAAUCUUACUAAGGAGAUUGAAGCUUGCAUAUCAUUGUACAAGCGCUUGCCAUGUGCAAAUGGGACUUUUCUUUGUUGGCCUGAAUUGGAAAACUUUUUCUCAAUGGUGAUGUCUCUUAACAGUCCAUCUAUCAACAGUACUUGCAUGUCUAGUGUCUCGGAAAUGGUGUGCAACAGUUCCAUCAACGAUUUAGGGAAUAUCCUAAGCAAAAUUAUAUCAAGUGAACCAGCAGAACUUUUAAGAUAUUUGCCACAAACUUGGAUGCUUAUGAAACAAAAUAACAUUGAUGAACUUAUCAAUCAGAAACUUCAACAAGCAAUUGCCAGCCAGUAUCCUGGUAACCUUCAAGUGCAGCGUACCCUUUCUGGCUUUGUGCAGCUGCUAUUUAAUUCUACUGAUGUACUGGUUAAUAAGGUCUCAACAAAAUCCCAGAUUCUCAAUAUCACUAGUUACUUGCAGGUACUUCAAAAUAUAUCAAAGCAGUUCAACAUUCUUUUUUUUCAAAAUCAGCAGGCAGAGUUGCUUAACACCACAGAAACUAUUGCAGGUGCCUUACAAAUUGCUGCUCAGAAUUUCCUGCUCUGGAACAAUUUAAGUGACUUUACUUUGUUCUAUAAUGGAUCGGAUGAAGCCUUGAAAGAGCUCCAGACUUUGAUUAAUACCUGGAUAACCAGGAGUUCAGAAAAUGCUCUUUUAAAUGACACCACAAUAUUUGGGAUUCUUUCUAUGCUUAACCAGUCAUCAUUCACGUCAAUGAAACAAAAUGUUUUAGCUUUUUUGAACUUAGACCCAAUGGCAACCAACAUAACUAAUGCAGUGAUCAACAUUUUAAACAUAUUAAGCAAGUCAGUAUCUGUAACUAAUUCAUCAGACAGCUCUUUGCUUGCUGAAUUUUACUUACAGCAGAUUGCACAUUUUAUAUCUGAUAAUAAUCUACAAAAGAAACUUUUAUACUUCAAAUCACUUUUCAAUUAUAGCAGCCAGCUUUCUUUUUUGCAAUCUGAUAAUCUGAAGACUGAGGCUAUGGAUUUCUUGUUUUAUUUUACUCCAUCCAACUUAUUAAACAUUAGUUCGGACCCUACUCAUGCAGCACCAUCUUUGUUCAAUUUGAUAUCUAAUCUUAUUCCUGUAGAAGGGCAAGGUAUUUUUCAAGAACUGGUAAAUGCUACACUGACCCUACUUCAAUCAGUUGCCACUUGCCAAAAGAGCAACUCUAACUGUACUGGCACUACCGCAAUGUUUCAGCAAAUGUUGGUGGAAUCUAUAUCUUUUAUCAACUCUCUAAAAAGUGAUAUUCAGCAACAAUAUAAAAAUCUGUCAGUGCUACAAUUCAGCAUCCCCAGCAGUGCUGAAAUAGAUGUCAUUAAUAGCAUUUACAAUAUGGCGCUGUGUUAUCAAGGCAAGUCCUGUAACACCUUCAAUAACAUCUACAAUGAAACCAUAAAAAUAAUAAAUACACUAACAGAGUAUACUUUCGGAAAUGGUUCAAAAACCCUGCCCAGUCCAGCUCUCUUAGAAGAGUUAGAACAAAACCUUACUACCUUUCAACAGGUUCUUCAUUCUGUAGAUACUAAUACGCUGAUGACUCAGCUAGAGAAUUUUAUCAAUAGAUCCACCUGUUUCAACUACACAGAUACCCAGCCAAUGAACUGCACUUUAAAACUGUUUUCUUUUCUUAUGGGACUAAUUCAGAGUUGUCCAUUGCCUGAACAAAUGAAUCACACUGUCCAUGUGGCUUCUUCUAUUGCAAAUUUCUGGGUCCAAGAAUUAAAUUCAUCAUUAGAUCUGACAUACAUCUACAAAUUAACAAAGCUAACAUUUCAGAAUAAUUCAAUGAUAGUGGACAUUAACACAAUGAUUACAAACAUUGCAAAGACUUUAGAAGAAAUUGAAAUGACGUUAAACACCAACAGCCAAGAGCCCAUGAUACUCAUUAGAAAGCUGGUGGAUAUUAUGAACUCUGCAAACUCAAAUAACACAUUUCCAACAACCCUCUUUCUACAAAUAGACCAAGAACUGACAAAUAUAAAAACACAACUUCAGAUUGCUCAGUGGUAUAUAACUUAUAUAAAAAAUAUAACAAAAACAUUUCAGACCUCUGGAAAUAUGUAUCCCAUCGUGACAAUGACACGACUUAUAAUAAAUAAUAUUCUAUCCACUAUGAAGGAAAAUCUCUCCUUGAAGUACUUUACAAAAGAAGUAAAUAAUACAAAUUUCUGGUUAGGACAAUCAAAUAUUAUACCUGUUAUUCAUAGUCUGUUGAGUGCAACAUCUCAAGAUGGCGUUCAAAUCAUAGACCAGAUUAUAAACCACACUAUGUCUGUAAUGCAGACUAUAUUUCAAGAUAAAAACUUUUGGAAUACUUUAUUCAAUGAAACUCAACAUUAUGAUGUAAACUUUCAUGCAUUUAUAGACUCUCUAAAUGUGGUUUUUAAUGCCCAUAACGACUCAGUGAGUUGGAAUGUAUACACAUCUCUCCAUGACUUUAUUACCUCUUUACAGUCAUCUCUAAAUGAAGCAUUGUCCAAUGGAACUAUUGGACCACUGGUAGUAGGUGAAAAGAUUACUGCUGAUGCAAUUGGAUCACUAAAUAUCUUACUGAAAAGGCUAAAUGUCACACACUAUGAGGACAUCUUGACAUUUACUACUAACAUUGUUCAGCUUUAUUUCAGAAGCAGAAACAGUUCCUUUGCCUUGGACAACCUAGCUCAAAUGACAUGGAAACAACUACUGGCCUAUCUACAACAAAGUGGACUUGAGAAGCUACUAAUUCACACACUUCAAAGUCAUAUCUUCAGUUAUAUCCCUGAAACUCAAGAAACAGCAAAGAUCCUGCAGACCUUACUGAAUACUGUGUUUUCCUCCUUUGAUGGGCCCUUUUCUGAUUUUGGAUUCCAAACACACUACCUCAAUAACAGCAUGAUUAUAGGCAUAAUAAGGAACAUUGUGGCAAAACAAAAUAACACCAUAUUUCAGUACAGUCUGAAUAUGGACAGUGUUUCACUGGACUCACAAUUUACCCAAGAAGGUGAAAUAAAUGAAAUGAAAAAUGUCCUUGAAAACCUGGUAAAUGACUGGCUAUUAAUAAGCACAGGAGAACAUGAACUUUCAUUCAACUACAGCUCGAGCCUUAUUAAGAUAUUUUAUCAUUUGUGUAAAGCAAGUAAUAACACGAAAGCAAUGGAGGCACUGCAGUUUUUCUUAAACUCCAAUAACAGUAUCAUAAGCAUUCCCAUUCUAAUUGACGCACUAAAGAAUUUUCACAACUUCAGUGAAGAAACUUCUGCUGACACGAGUACUCUUAUUGAACUGUACCUGAAACAACUAGUGUUGUUUGUAUCCAACAGUCAGCUAAAAAAAUCUCUCCUAGAAUUAAGUGCAAUUCAGGAGAUCCCAUUUUUGCACUCUAGCGAUGCUGUUAUGGAUAUUUUACAAUUUCUAUACCCUGAUAAUCUAUACAAUAUUAACGACCGUCAGAGCCUGAUUCAAAAUCUUCUUACUACUCUAUCAAGCUACAUGCCUGCGCAAGACAAAGAAGGUUUUAGAAAUAUCACCAGCUCAAUUUUGUCAGUUGUUGGGGCUCUUAACAACUGCACCAAAGAUUCAGAGAAAUGUCUGACCUUAGUUUCUGAGUUUGAGAACGUGGUUACAGAUUUGAUAAAUGUUCUUAAUUCCUUAGAAAACAAUAGCCUUCCCAUGGAUUUUUCCAAUAGCUCUCUGCAGAAGUAUGCAACAUUUGAUCAUUCACAUAUUUCCAUUAUAAAUAAUAUUUAUUGGCUUGCUACACAGUCUCAGGGGAUAUUUUAUAAUGAUACAGGAGACUUUACAGAUGUGUACCAAGAAGUUCUUUUAGCAGUUAAACUCUUUGAAAACAUCACACAAGAGCUGAACAUAACUGAGCAUGCAGUUAGUAAAUAUCUGCAAAAAUUGAAGGUGAUUCUGCAAGUGCUAAAAAGAAAUAAUAUGACAGAAACCCUAUUCCUGUUUCAACAAGUUGUUCAAGACGCUAACUGUAAAAAUCAGACAGAAGCUGAAUUUCUCUUGUGCACUUUCAAUUUAACUUGCCAUAUUUUGAAUAUCCUGGGAAAACUACAACUGCCUAACUCACUGAGUGGAAAAAUCAAUGAUUUGUCCUUAAUUGCAACACACUGGAUGAGUGAAAUGAAUACAACUGUAAAUAUUUACCAGCAAAUGGUUUCCUUUUACAAUAUAACAAAAAGUGUCUUGCAAAAUCAAGCAACCCUACAAGCAAUUCUCACCAGCGUAAAUGAAAUUUCAAACACACUGCAAAAUAUUAAAAUAGAAAAUGGUACUUCUGUCAUCGUACAAAAUGUAAUUAGUCUUAUUGAUCUGUUGAAACCAGACACUGUCUUCAGCCUCAACAAUAUUACUUGCAAUGUGAACAGUAGCCAGUUGGAAAAUGUACAUGCUCAGCUCAAAAUCCUUAAAUGGUACUUAAUGUACAUAACAAACAAAACAGAAUUUAAUAAUACCUCCCUCAAAUUGUAUCCUAUGUAUAGGCUUACACAGCUUAUAUUGGCCAAUGGUAUUCCGACCAUACAAAACUUGGAGAAGUUUGUAAAUCAUUCCCACAAUAUCACAGAGAUCCUUAACAUAGCCAUACAAGAAGACACAGAUAGACUUUUUAAGCUGAUCACUGAUAUUGUAACUUCAAACCAAACAGGUUCAGACUUCAUAAACCAAAUGGAAACUUGGGUUGGACUUUCAGAAUUAAUGAAGUCCAUAUUGGCCAGUGAAAAUGGAAGUACUUUGGUCUCAUCUGACCUUACUGCAAUUUGGCAAAGCAUAAACAAACUCUUGAGUGGAGAAUUGAACUGGGUCCAAAUAAACAGCAUAGCAAAUGCUGUACGCACAAGCAUAGCCAAAGGCAAUAUUAAAACUGAUAAAGAUAUCAUGCAACUUCAUGAAUAUUUAUUAAAUAUUUUUAAUCAAACAUAUUCAGAAGGAUACAUGAGUUAUGUAAAUUUAGUUAUCUAUAAUUUAGAUUCUUUGUUGAAAACAAAUUGCCAGAAUGCUUCCACUGUAAUUACAAACAUGUAUCCAAUUAUACAAAAUGUGUUCCCUUCCAAUUUGUGGCCUAAAAAUACCAUUGUCCUAAAUGCAACUAAAGACAUUUGUGAAUUGAUACAGGGGAACUCGCAAAAUAACUUGGCCACAAUUCUGCGCAUUCUCAGAACAGUUAUCACUGCUGCUAAAGCUGUUACACAAAAUGACACAAGAGAGUAUGUUAUUGCAGUAGAAACUAUUGCUGCAAUGGCAGAAGAUCUUAUAUCUGAACCAACGCCAUCUUAUAAUACUGUUGUAACUGCUAUGAAAAUGAUACCAAAAAUUACUGAAUUAUUCCAUGUUGCAGAAAAUACAACCAAGUGGGUGGAAAACACAGUUCUUAAUCAAUUACUUUAUCUCUUGUUGGACUUGGCAUGGAGCUCAUCUUCAUCAGAAGACAUAAUUCUUGCUAAAAUAGAAAAUGUUACUUGGGAGACAAUACAGUUUGUCCAGGACAUCCUCAACAUGCAGAAGGACUCUUCCUACAACACAAUCCUUUCUUUUUCACUGGAGGUAGUUAAACUUUUCCUCAACAAGACUGGCAAUACAUCUUCUGAAGACUACUCUGUAAUGUCAUUUGUAAAGCAAGUUUGGGAUCACUUUAGAGAAAGUGGAACAGAGCAUUUGAUUACCUCCAGUAUCAAGCAACAGAUUAUACAUAUGUAUCCUGACGGCUCAAAAGACUCUACACUUUGGGACACUAUUCUAGAUGUUAUGAUUAAUAUAACAGACCUGAUUCUUUCUGACACCACGCAGAGCCAAAACUAUAGUAACACCAGCACAACCAUAAAAAUUCCACCUGUGGUUUUAGAAACUCUCCAAGAUUUGCUGCCACACAUUGAAUACAUCACACAAGUCAUUAUAGAAUCAUGGGAAAUUCUUUCUAAUGUACCUCAGACAUUAUUUUUCACAUCUGAACAAAAUGAAACCAGACAUAUUGGGAUGCUAAUUACCAGCUUAAGUAACCUUAACCUCGGACAUGACAUUUUUAAUGACACUGCAAAACUGGUUGAAUUUUUUUCUGCCAUAAACCAGACAGAGCUCAUUACGGAAUUGUUCCACGCUAUUUAUAAUGCAUUUGACAAUAAUAGCCAAUCUGAUGUGCUUUUCUUAGAUGCCCUCAAUAUUUUCAAAGACCUUGUGCACUUGUAUAAUACAAGUGACAUUGAAGAACUUUCUACAAUCUUUGAAAUAUACUUUCAGAACCUCUCGGAUACCGGUAUUGAUCUUAUGUUGUAUUUUAAUGAGCUCUUAUUGCAACAGUCUCAAGAAGUCAGUAACACAAUUGGACAAGUGUUACCAUAUUUCUUGUCUCCAGAGCUGCAAAACAGAAGCCUUAACACUACAAACAAUGUUGCAGGACUCUUUCAAUUGAUGUUUGAGUAUGUUCCAAAGGAUGAUCAGGAUAUAUUCCAGAAAGUUGCAAAUAUCACUCUGUUGCUUAUUGAUGCUUUAGAAACUUGCAGCACUAAACCCGAGAGCUGUUCAAAUCUUAAUGUAGGAAUAUGGUAUAUUGUAUCUGAUAUUACACAGAUUCUGGAGGCAAUACAGAACAAGAGCUUGGAAGGACAUUUUGGAAACAACUCUCUCACUUAUUAUGACCAGUCACUGACAAACUUGGCCAACGACAUUAAUUUGAUUUGGUAUUCUCAAGGACAACCAAAUUAUACCACAGUAGCACUGAUACAACUUUUUGAAGACGUCUUUGCAGUAAGGAGCUUGAUUCUGAACACAUCACUAAGAAAAGAUCUCCAUUUAACCAUUUCUCCACUUCUACAGAACACUCUAGAGGUUCUAGCAUCUACCAAUAUCUCUGAAUAUCUUUUUCAAAUACAUAAUCUGCUCACAUCAAACUGUAUAAACCAGACAGAUAUAGAUCCAUUAGUGUGCAAUUUAAACCUUGCAUCAAAGCUUUCACAUCUCUUAAAUCUUCUUCCGUUAACAGAAAUGGCUCAUGACAGGCUCUCAGUAAUAUGCUCAAUAGCUGAACUAUGGCUGAAUAAAAUCAAUUCAUCUAUUUCAACAUAUCAGCAACUUGCUGAUCUAUACAAUGUUACAAUGUUUGCAUUCAAACACAGACCUGUUCUAUAUGCAAUAAACAGAACAGCAGAAGAUAUAGUACAGUUAUUACAAAAAACUGAGACUUUCCUAAAUUUCAGUUUAAAUGGAACCCCACUUCUUUCUAGGAUCUUAACAUGUAUUGUGUUUGAUGUCAACAAGUUGCAUUUUUCAAAUGCAUCAUUGCAAUCUAAUAGCAGUGACAGCCUUGUGAACAUAAGACUGCAGAGGGAUAUUGUUUAUUGGCUCAUGUCCCAAGUGAGAAAUAUUACUGCUUUUAUGAAAACAUUGGCAGGUGACUAUACAAAUCAGACAGUUGGACAAUGGAUAACCGAUAAUUACCAAUACAUAAAUCUUAUUUUUAACAAUACAGAAAGUGUGAUAAAUGCAUUUUCUACACUAAAAGACCUAAUACCUAUCUCCAAUGCAUCCUCUGAGAAUGAAAAAUACAGACUUAUACUCUAUAAUGUUCGAGGACUACUCCAAAAUUUGUCAAAUGCUUACCUAUUUGAAAACCUUCAAAAUACCUCCUGGAGAAGUGCAAUAUGGCUUGUUUUCAAUGCGACAGAACUGAUUGUUACUGAAGCCUCUUCCAACCCACCAUAUAUUACCACAAAGACAAUAAUGAAAAUUCUGCAGAUGUUUUUUGGAAAUAUUAGUAUGUUCUCUUUAGAGAACAUACUAAUGGGAAUUUCAGAUUUGCUUCUACAAGAAUCAAGGCUCUUCAGUAGCACAAGAUUUGUAGCAGAUUGGUUGGAAAGCCUUCCUUUACAGAACAUCUACUUGUUUUUACCAAACUUGAUAAAGAGUUUCUCUUUUGUGGACAUGACAGCUGCACAGACGGUGGUCUUGAAUUUGGUCUCCAAAGCCCUUGAUGCCACAUCAUACACAGAAGUGAUCUCUUCCUUAUCUAACCUGACGACAUAUGUGAUGGACACCAGCGGAGCCAUUGCUUCAAGUAGCCUCAAUUUAACCCCACAGCUUUUGACUCUUAUGGAGGAAUUGGAACUCUUACAGAAUGUAUCACUAGCUGGACCCUAUGAAAAUGCCAGAAGUUGUUUGAUGAAUGCUGUCUCCAACCAAUCAUCAGGUCACCUUGAAGAGAUGAUUCAGCUCAUCCAGGCCGUGUUCUCUCAAAGCAAUGAAUCCUCCAAUGCAUCCCUGACUCUAGAUUUGCUUAAAGAAAAGAUACAACAACUACAAAAUCUGACAACCUUUAUCUGCAGUUUUGGAAAGUCGGAUCAGUACCACAGCUACUGCAACUUUACAUGUCAAUAUCUAGUUAUGCUGAAAUCUGCUGCAGACCUUGCAAUUUUAGUGACCGGUGACAGGGUUACGACUGUCAGCACCACAAAUAAAGAGAAAAUAGCAGCUUUUUUUAACAGCUUGCUUCAAAGUCUCCAGGAAGCUCUGUUGGCAGAUCUGAGUUCUAUGUUUCCAACAAGUAUAUCUAACAUGACACCAGCUCUGAAUAGUUACAUUAAUGGAGCAUCCUACAGUUUUACGGCUACCUUAGGAAACCUGUUCACAAACAGCAGUCACAUGGACAAUGAACUGUGUGACAUUGUGAAAAUAAACAAAGAAAGUAGAAGUGCUCUUCUAAAUGUGCCAAUCCCAAGCAACUUCUCCCAGAUUGUCAACUGGUUUGUGACACUGGAUAAUUGUCGACUCAACAUGUCUAUUGUUUCCGAGCCAUUCCAGGUGUUCUGCAAUCUUUCUUCAGAGCAAGAAUAUCAGAUGGCCAUCAUAUUUCUACAGAAUGUGGAUCUUUUUAAAUUGUUCUACAGAUUACUGGUUCCAACAACAUUGCAAACAACCCUAGACCUUAUCUUGUCUGCACUGAAUAAACUGAUUAAUGACUGGAAUGCAAUGUUUGCACAUAUUCCCCCCGAGCAAGAACUGCAGCAAAUGCUUGAGCUUAUUAACUCUUUUAUGAGCAUUUCCAUAGAGAGUGAAAAUACUUCGUUUAGGAGAAAGAGAUCCACUGGUACCCCUACUGUCACUAUUAGUGAUAUCUCAAAAAGUAUCUGCAGUAAAAACCUCACCACCCUCAGGACAGCUCUUCAACUGCUGUACUCUACAAACACUUCCAGUGCAAGAUCAGCAAGCCUCACAAAUACAUUUGACAUUCCUACUGACAAUGCAUUCUGCACUCAGCUCUUCAUGAAUUUAGUUUCAACGACCAGUGGGACUGCCUAUUGGCUUCUACUGAAGCCCCUGUUAUAUGGACAGAUUCUUUACACACCAAACAACACACUAACACAGCAAAUAAUGCAGAAGGCUAAUGCCACCAUUCAGCAGGUUUUGGGAUACAAAGGCAAUGUCAGUAGUUGGGUUACUGGCAUCCAGCAGUUACUAAAUCAAUGGGACACAUUUCAGACGGCUGAAACUUUUAUUGGACCUCUACAGGUACUGCUCAGCGAUUCUUUUAUAAAUAACUUUCUUGAGGAGUUUCUGCAUACUGACGCAUCUCAAAUCAAUAGUACAAUAAACAGUGCCUUAAAUGCUAUAAAUCUGCUAAAUACCAACAUCAAGAAUAUCCAGGAAUUCCAGCCUAUUGCAAUUGUGUUAAACAACUUAUUGUCCUGUGUGACCUAUAACCGUAUCCAUCCAAUGAACAGCGUAGCAGAAAUGCAAGCAAAAGCUGAAGAACUGCAGAAAAACAACCAGUUGUUUGCAGCUGUGGCAUUUGAUCUUCCCUCUGAGAUCUCUGGGCAGAAUAAAGCAUCAUCUAAUCUACCCAAACAAAUAAAGUACACUAUAAGCAUGGAGCCCAUACUCUCAGAGGACACAAGUACCAUCAGAGAAUCCUAUUGGACCCCUGACGCUGCCAGCACCUUGAACAAAUACAGUCAAGGCUUUGUAUAUUUACAAGAAAACAUUGAUAGAGCUAUUAUUGAAAUGCAGACAAAAAAGAGUGUUGCUAAAGUUGGAUUGCAGUACCAGCCAAUGCCCUUCCCUUGCUACAAGAAAGACAGUUUCCUGAGAAGCAUGGGCUUCUCUCUGCCAAUCGCACUGAUGAUAACGUGGGUCAUCUUUAUCUCAGCAUUUGUAAAGAAGAUUGUGCAUGAGAAAGAGAUGAGGUUGCAUGAGUACAUGAGGAUGAUGGGAGUCAACUCUGGCAGCCAUUUUUGUGCUUGGUUUAUUGAGAGUGCAUUGUUCCUAUUGAUAACACUCAGCAUCCUAGUUUUGCUUCUGAAAUUUGGCAAAAUCCUUCCCAAUAGCAAUGGCUUUAUCCUCUUUCUUCUACUCCUGGAUUAUAGCUUAACAAUUAUUGCCAUGAGCUACCUCAUCAGUGUUUUCUUCCACAACACCAAUGUGGCUGGACUUAGUGGAAGCCUGAUCUACAUCAUUACUUUUUUCCCUUUUCUUGUCAUUUUCACCAAGGAGCCUAUUUUAUCCUUUUCUGCUAAGACAUUGCUGUGUAUUUUCUCUCCAACGGCACUGAGCAAUGCGAUCCAGUAUGUGGUUCAUUAUGAAGAACAAGGUGUUGGAAUCCAAUGGAGAAACAUGUACAUAUCCCCACUUCUAGGGGACUCAAUGACUUUUGGGUGGUUAUGCUGGCUCUUGUUGAUAGAUGCCAUGGUUUACUUUCUUGUUGGCUUUUAUAUUCAGAUGGCAUUUCCAGGCAAAUAUGGAAUCCCAGCUCCCUGGUAUUUUCCCUUCCAGAUAUCAUUCUGGCUAAAAUGCUGUGGACUUGAAUCUCUGUACCCCACAAAAUCAAGUGGAAUGACGUUUUCCAAUAUCAUGGCAGACAACGUAUAUUAUACAAAGGGUGCUGAGAAUGAUCUUUGUCUGUUCAAUGAACAAGAACCCGAUGGUCUUACUGUGGGAGUGUCACUUCAUGGCUUAACAAAAGUUUUCCAGUCCAAAACUGCUGUCAACAAUCUAAAUUUAAAUUUCUAUGAGGGUCAUAUAACGGCACUUCUGGGUCACAAUGGAGCUGGAAAAACUACCACGCUUUCUAUGUUGACCGGUCUCUUCAGUUCCACUUCGGGUACUAUUUAUGUGUAUGGUGAUGAUAUCAGAACACAUUUGGAUCGUGCUAGGAGCAACAUGGGAGUGUGCAUGCAAUAUGAUGUUCACUUUGAUCAUCUUACCGCAAAGGAACACCUGCUGCUUUAUGGUUCUAUCAAAGCUCCACACUGGACUAGGACACAUCUACAUGAAGAAGUGAAGAGGAAUUUGAAAGAUACAGGUCUAUACAAUCACCACCACAAGCCUGUGAAGUCCUUAUCUGGUGGCAUGAAAAGGAAGCUGUCUAUUUGCAUGGCUCUGAUUGGUGGUUCCAAAGUUGUAAUCUUGGAUGAACCAACCACGGGUGUAGACCCUUGUUCAAGACGCAGCAUCUGGGAGGUCAUAUCCAAACAGAAGAAAGAUAAAACCAUAAUUUUAUCCACCCACCACCUGGACGAGGCAGAGGUGUUGAGUGACCGGAUGGCAUUCCUUGAGCAGGGAGGCCUGAAAUGCUGUGGGUCGCCCAUGUAUCUGAAAGAGAAGUUUGGCAGCGGGUACCACCUUACUCUCACUAAAAAGUUCCCAAAUCGAGAGAACCAAGAAGAAUGCAGUGUAGAGAUGGUGACUGGUCUCAUAAAGUCACAUAUUCCAAAUGCACGGUUAAAGGAGGAUGUUGGAGGAGAACUUGUGUACAUCCUGCCUCCAUUUAAUGCUGACAUUUCUGGUGCCUACUUAUCUCUUCUCCAAGCUCUGGAUUGCAGGAUGAAUGAACUCCACAUUGGAUGCUAUGGGAUCUCAGAUACUACCAUAGAAGAGGUGUUUCUUAAACUGACUGAUGGCCUAGAUGAAGAUGAAGAAGAUGCAAUGGCUUCGUCCAGCAAAAAGACAAUGAUGCCCAUACCUAAUGAAGAACAUUUGUAUGUCCAGGAUGAGCAGUUUUUAACCAGUUGUAGAUUUACAGAUAGAGAUGACCAGCCGCUGACCAAUGAAGAAAAGCUCACUGGUGUGUCUCUGCUCAUCAAUAAAAUCAUAGCCAUCUUUAUUAAGAGGCUCCACAAUUCAAGGCGAAACUGGAAGGACCUAAUAUCUCAGGUUCUGUUCCCUGUAAUUUUUGUUGUCAUUGCCAUGGGGCUAGGGUCACUUUCCUCGAGUGAUGUAUCUUUUCCAGAACUCCUGCUGACACCCAAUCUUUAUGGUACAUCUUCACAGUCGGUGGCAUUUGAGUUGUAUAAUGGAUCAACUUCUAAUCUGGUCUCAGAAAUGAAUUCGUUCCCUGGCAUAGACAACUUCUGCUUGAAUCAAAAUUCUAAUUGCUUGAGUCAAAGUGGUUUGGGUUUAUGGACUUCUGACAACCAGUCGCUUUCACAUGCGUCAUGCAACUGUUCAACUGGUGCACCGGUAUGCAAUGCAUAUCCAGCUUCUCCAUCUCAUCGCCGGACCUUCUCUGAGCAAAUGCUUUAUAAUGUCUCUGGAUAUAAUAUGGAAAGCUAUCUCCUGACCACCAAUUUACAGUUUGUCCAACAGCGAUAUGGAGGAUGGAGCUUUGACAUCCCAUGGGUCUCAAGUAAGCUGGAAACACUUGCACCUCAAAAUCCAGAUAUGACAAUAAGCAAGGUCUGGUUUAACAACAAGGGUCCUCACAGUCUCCCAGCAUUCAUUAACAGUUUUAACAAUUUUCUUCUGAGAGCCAACUUACCAAGCAACGAAUCUGACUAUUACAGUAUUUCUGUUGCCAGCAAACCUCUCUCUGGAACCAUGAUGCAGCCAUCCACGACUUUUAGCUUGGUGAAUACUUUAAUUGCUCUCUGCAUGUUGGUUGGUUACUCCAUCACAACUUCAAGCUUUGCAACUUAUGUAGUUAAAGAGCAUCACAGUGGGGCAAAGAGACUGCAACAUAUUGCUGGUGUUGGAGAGACCUGCUACUGGGUGACAAACUUCAUCUAUGACUCGCUCAUCUACCUUAUACCAGUGUCCCUCUCCAUCGCAACAAUAGCAAUCUUCAAACUGCCAGCUUUCUACACCUACCCAAAUUUGGGUGCAAUGUCUUUACUUUUUAUAUUAUUUGGCUAUUCCACAUUUUCAUGGAUGUAUCUUCUUGCGGGAACAUUUAAGAACCCAGACAGUGCAUUCCUUACAUAUGUUUCCAUCAACCUCUUUAUUGGCAUCAAUACAAUCAUUUCCACCUCUGUAGUUUUUUUCAUUUUUGUUCAGAGGUCACCAUCAGAUAGUGAUUACCAGAGCCUGAAUCAGACCUAUACUGUCCUCACAGACAUUUUUAAGAUUUUCCCUCAAUUCUGCUUUGGGUAUGGAAUGAUAUUGCUGGCUCAGCAGCAAGCUGCACAAAUUCAGUUAUCAGUCUUUGGAGGUACAAGCACAACCAAUAUUUUUAGCAUGGAUAUUAUAGGCUGGAUACUUUCUGCCAUGGCUAUCCAAGGAACAGUUUUCUUUUUGUUAAGAUUGCUAAUUCAUGAUGGAAUCAUUUUCAGUUUCAAGAGUUUCAUCAAAAGAAACUGUAUGAAGUCUGACCUUGCUGAUACAAAAAACCCUGAAGAAGAUGAGGAUGUCAGGGCAGAGAGAGAGCGUGUAGAUUCUGGCCAAGCUGCUACAGAUCUCUUGCAACUUCAAGAUCUUACAAAAGUCUACCAUCAUGUUGGCAAAAAUAUGGUUGCUGUUAACAACAUGACUUUAAGUAUUCCAGCUGGAGAGUGUUUUGGCCUUCUUGGUGUUAAUGGGGCUGGGAAAACCACAACUUUCAAGAUGUUGACAGGAGAUGUUGCUCCAUCCAAAGGAAACAUUCAAGUCAGAAACAGUGCUGGAAAUUUAGAGAAUAUCUUGGGCUAUAAAUCAGACUGGUCAGCCUUUGGUUACUGCCCUCAAGAAGAUGCACUGGAUGAUUUAUUGACAGGAGAAGAACACUUGUAUUUUUACGCAAGAUUACAUGGGAUCCCAGAAAAACAGAUCAAAGCAGUGUCACUUAGCCUCCUUCAAAAGCUGCAACUUGUGCAAUACAAAGACCGAAUCACAGCUGGAUAUAGCUGUGGAACUCGGAGAAAACUCUCAACAGCGCUGGCCCUUAUUGGAAGACCAUCUAUUCUUCUCCUGGAUGAGCCUAGUUCAGGGAUGGAUCCAAAAACUAAAAGGCAUCUAUGGAAAAUAAUCUCUGAUGAAGUCAAGGAAAAAUGUUCAGUGGUGCUGACAUCUCAUAGUAUGGAAGAGUGUGAAGCUCUGUGUACCAGGCUGGCUAUCAUGGUGAAAGGAAAGUUCCAGUGCAUUGGUUCCCUACAACACAUUAAGAGCAGAUUUGGAAGCGGAUUUACAGUGAAGAUGCAUUUGAAAGACUCCUCUGUCCGUGUUGAGGUGCUUACCAGCUUCAUGUGCCAUCAUUUCCCAAAUACAUGUCUUAAGGAGCAACAUUUUACCAUGGUAGAAUACCAUGUACCGGUGACAGCAGGAGGCGUUGCGGGUAUAUUUGAUCUUCUUGAAGCCAACAAGUCAAACUUGGAUAUCACUCACUUUUCUGUCAGCCAGACUACUCUAGAUGAGGUUUUCGUCAACUUUGCUCAAUCUCAAGUCAGUCCAGAUAAUUCCAGUAUGAACAGCCAAGAGCUUCAACAGGUUGCCUUUGUCAUUGAAUAAUAUUGAUAUUUAAUAUUGACAUGAUCUUUAUAUACAGUAUUUGUAUGUACUUUAUGACAGAGCCAGUAAAAUGUAAUUGUUUACAGGGCUUUUGAUAAAGUUGUGGCAUCUGAAAAACUCACAUAUUUCUCAUCAAAGUUUCCUGCAAAAUAUGAAGUUUUAAUUUACAAAUACUAGGUAUAAAGAAAACUUCUAGUGAAUGGUUCAUUACCAAGGUUUACUUGAUAGACUUUGGAGCUGCUCUGAAAAUGCAAUCAAUGUUUAGAAUGAGGUAAAAAAAAAUUUCCUCAGUUCUUUAUUCUUCUAAAAUAGUAAAGUAUUGCAGAGACAAUGCAAGAUAUCAAUGCUGGUAUCAGACCACUCUUUAGGCUGUGCCUGAUCUAAGAACAAACUAAACUAAAAAGUUAGUUUUUUUUUACAAAUAAUAAUUGAAUCUGUGAAGCCUUAUUUUUAUAAUUUUUACAUUUGAGUAAUUUAAUGCAUUGCCAAUUUCUCGAAACAUUUCACUAUAUCUUCCUAAUUCUGACGAAUGCCUUUUUAAAUUCAAAGUCCUUUAUACCCUGUACAAAAAAACAUCAUAUAGAUCAUGCUGGGCAAAUUGUGUGAGUUUAGUGCUUCAAAAACUGUUCAGGUUGCUACUUACACCCUAAAUAAUGCUUUAUAACACACACACUGCCUUUGUCAAAUAACUAUACUGGUCAUUUCUAUUCAGUUUACACAAAAAUGCAUUUUAAAAAUUCCUGCUGUCUUGCUGUGUAUACCAACACUACGGGGCCGAUUCACCAAGGGUCGAAUAUCGAGGGUUAAUUAACCCUCGAUAAUCGACUGGGAAUUAAAAUCCUUCGACUUUGAAUAUC